GUAUAAAUGGUACUUUAUUUUUUCCUGUCCAUAGGAAAGUACCAAUUUACCAUAUGGGAAAUCUAUAAAAACUAAUAAUACGGUAAGAGUUUUUACAUUGAUAGUAUACAUAGAUGUUUAGAUACUACAAGAUACAAAAUUUACCAGAAAUAUUUUGUAACUAUUAAUUUUGUGUCAAACAUUGCAAACAACAAGAUUACAUCAUCACAUUACCAGAAAAGCAUCGCCCCUCCUCCAAAACAUUCAACUAGCAGUAGCAAACAAAGGAUUUGAAAUUUGGAACGGUCUUGCGAAAGACUGUAUAUAUUCAGGCAAAACCUAAUAAUUAAAAAAAAAACACUCAAAAACCAUAUAUAACAUGUAAAGUAGAGGAAUUUUUUUUCCUGUGGAAGGAAUUCUUGGCAAGAAAUUGCUGAGCUUGCAUUGAUUCAUUUCAGGAGAACAACAAUUCAACAAUAUAAACAUGACUCUGUCUCUGAUAUUUUUGUUCGUUCAUUUAAUAAAAAGAUGAACAAUUCAUUAUCGAAAGAAGAAUUAGAAAAUAAACCAAAGGCUUCAGAUGAAACUCUUGAAUCAGGCAACGAUCCUACAGACAGCAAGAAAAUAUACGAAGUUAUUGUCGCAGGGGGCGAGAAUAAAAAAUCUGUCGAACACAUUUUGCUGCCCGCCUGUUUACCUAAGGAAAAAAACUUGCUAGCAAGAUUAUGGUCUGCGAUAUUUAGCAAAUCAUCAGAGAACCCUCAGUCCAAAACAGACGAAGCAAACUUGUUAGGAAAAUGGAGUUAUCUUAAACCGAUGAGAAAUAGACGAGAGGCGUUCAUGACAGCAAUUUAUCAAGAUCAGAUGUUUGCAUUUGGGACACGUUCAGGUGCUCGCUGUUUUGAAACGUUGGAUUUAAGUAACCCUCGUGCUCGGUGGCAAUAUCAUGGGGAUAUUCUUUCGGAGUAUAUAUCGGCGCCGGCUGCCGUAGUGUAUGGAGAUAGUGUGUAUAUAUUUGGUGGUAACAUCCAAAGAGGGGCAUCUACCAAUGUGUACAGGUAACAGGUUACUCAUAAAAAACAUAUUAAUCAUAUAAUAAAUUCCUCUAUGGACACCUCCCUAAUACAGACACCUCUCUAAUACAGACACCUCUCUAAUACACAUACUCUCUAAUACAGACACCUCUCUAAUACACACACCUCUCUAAUACAGACACCUCUCUAAUACACAUACCUCUCUAAUACAGACACCUCUCUAAUACAGACACCUCUCUAAUACAGACACCUCUCUAAUACAGACACCUCUCUAAUACACACACCUCUCUAAUACAGUCACCUCUCUAAUACACACACCUCUCUAAUACAGACACUUCUCUAAUACAGACACCUCUCUAAUACAGACACUUCUCUAAUACAGGCACCCCUCUAAUAGGGACACCUCUCAAAUACAAACACCUCUCUAAUACAGACACUUCUCGAAUACAGACACCUCUCUAAUACAGACACUUCUCUAAUACAGGCACCUCUCUAAUAGGGAUGCCUCUCAAAUACAAACACCUCUCUAAUACACAUACUCUCUAAUACAGACACCUCUCUGAUACAGACACUUCUUUAAUACAGACACCUCUCUAAUAGGGAUGCCUCUCAAAUACAGACACCUCUCUAAUACACAUACUCUCUAAUACAGACACCUCUCUAAUACGGACACCUCUCUAAUACAGACACCUCUCUAAUACAGACACCUCUCUAAUAAAAACCUCUUUAAUACAGACACCUCUCUAAUACAGACACCUCUCUAAUACAGACACCUCUCUAAUACAGACACCUCUCUAAUACAGACACCUCUCUAAUACAGACACCUCUCUAAUACAGACACCUCUCUAAUACAGGCACCUCUCUAAUAGGGACACCUCUCAAAUACAAACACCUCUCUAAUACACACACUCUCUAAUACAGACACCUCUCUAAUACACAUACUCUCUAAUACAGACACCUCUCUAAUACAGACACCUCUCUAAUACAGACACCUCUCUAAUACAGGCACCUCUCUAAUAGGGACGCCUCUCAAAUACAAACACCUCUCUAAUACAGUCGCCUCUCUAAUACACAUACUCUCUAAUAUAGACAACUCUCUAAUACAGACACAUCCCUAAUACAGACACUUCUCUAAUACAGGCACCUCCCUAAUACAGACACCUCCCUAACACAGACACCUCUCUAAUACAGACACCUUUCUAAUACCGACACCUCUGUAAUACAGACACCUCUCUGAUACAAACACCUCUUUAAUACAGACACCUGUCUAAUACAAAAACCUCUAAUAUGCAAACCUCUCUAAUACAGACGCCUGACUCUAGCACAGAUGCAUCUCUGAGACAGACACCUCUUUAAUACAGACACCUGUCUAAUAUACACACCUCUCUACUACAGAUACCUCUCUAAUACAGACUCCUCCUCUAAUACAGACACUUCUCUAAUACAGACAUCUCUCUAAUAUGGAUACCUCCAAUAUGGACAUCUCUCCAAUACAGACGUCUCUCCAAUUGGAGACAAUUUCUCGAAUACCAACAACUUUCAAAUACAUACUCACCUGACACUUUGAAAUUAAUCCUGUAGUCAAAAGUCAAUCCUGUUAAUACAUUUAUAGGUUCAGUCUGGUUCCACCUUAUACAGGUGACCUGAUCUGCCAAAUGCCUGAACCGAGAUCGUCCCACAAUGCUGAAAUAUUUGACGACAAAGUGAUCAUCCUUUGUGGAUCGUCAACAGGCUUCCCCUGGGCCAAUGAUUUGGUGGACACUGUAAUGCAAUAUGAUAUCACGAACAACAGUUUUAAUACAUUACCAUCAUUACCAGUGAAAGUUGUUUAUGCAGCGACAGCAAAGUGGAGAGAUAAUGUCUUGAUUGUUGGCGGGCGAGGUGAACAGUAUCACGACACUAACACAGUUUGGAUGUAUAAUGUUUCCAGUGGGGAAUCUCAAAAGUUGAGACCAAUGAGGUGCAAGAGAAACAGUUGUGCUGCAGUUGUCGCAGGAGAUAUGUUGGUUGUCACAGGAGGACAAAACUCAAGGGCGUUCGAGCUUGUUUCGGCAGAAUGCUACAACUUUCACACAAGUAAAUGGACGGAACUGCCUCCCAUGAAGCAGGCGAGAAAUUGCCCUUCUGCAGUCGUAAGAUACAGAACUGUCGACAGAGAGCAAGUUCCUGCUGGACGCCAACCAGUCAAGGAAGAGAAUUAGAUGUCAAAAUUGAACAGGGACACUUGGAAAGUUGAGGGUCUAUCUAAUAUUUAAUCUUGAUCCUUUGUAUGUUAAUAAAUUCAAAAGUAACAAUGCCAACAAAUGCAAAGUGCGUAAGUGUGUAACAGAUCCCUAAUUUUCACCUCCAUUGGUUGUCUGCCAUUGUUGGUAAUUGAGGCCGCUGUUGUCAAGCUCUAACCACAAGCUUCUGUAUAUAUAAAUAUAUCAUGGUACUGCCAUGUUUUGGGUUAUCGGUAAAUAUUAAGAUUUUGUUGAGGUCUAAUAAAAUGUAUAUAUAAAUGUCC